UUUAAAUGGAGAUCAACGCUAUAUAUUGGAAGAGAUGCACAUGACUAUCGAAUCGAUAUUAAACUGUAUUUCAUAAUAAACUUUUAUAGGAACCAAGCAUGUACUUCUGAGAUAAUGCAUUGCUGACCAUAACAUAAUGUUAUGUUUCAACUACUGUAUAUACACAGUAACAAAACAGAACGCUAGAACAGGGCAACUCCUCCAGAUGUUCUCUGAUGCACACAGCUUCUUCUUGAACAUUUCAAGUUUUUAAAAUCGCAACAAGCUUUAGUUUCGUACUCUAGCAUUGUAUCGUUCGGUUAUUUCUUCUCAUCAAUAUCAUCACUGAGCAACGUUCAACUUAUGAUUCAGGAUUUUUAGCACGACUAUUUGGAGAAACGUGCAGCUACGGUACAUUGUUCACGAAACAGCUUGUGCUGAUUUGUCUUCCCCGAAAACACUAAUUCUCCUCACCCAUGAAUUCCUGGACAAAGCUGUGAAUGCUGAAGAACUGCGGAGAUGUCUUCCCGAAUUGUAAUUCUGUUUCUUCAGGUGUGUGCGGUCGCAUUUUGGAACUUUUUUCUGAUAACUCGAGCUCACACAGAUAGCCCUCUCCAAUACUACGAGGACGAAAACGUAAUUGAUCUGCUUGAGGCCCUGAACAUUACCCGGUCAAUUAAAGGAGUGACUAAAGCCAAAGGUCUGGAUCCAAGCAUUCCUGCCUGGAAGUUCCGUCAGAGGGUACCCCACUUGACUCUUCCAAGGGACUUUUCCUUCUAUUUUCUCAGCACUAUGCAGGGAUCCAUUGGCUUCCACUUUGUGGCCCAGCAGACCAAGAACUCAGACGGGACACUCAUCUCGUUUGUCUCCCCCACUGCCAUGAAAAAGGAUGGCCAUCCCUUGCUCCAGCUGGUCUCCAGCACUAGGUCCAACCAGCUAAGGCUUGACUACCGUGCUGUCCACAGCAUGGAUCCCGCGCAUAUCCUCUUCCCUGGGGGCACCCCUUUCUCCAACAGCAAGUGGGCCCGUGUAGCUCUGAACUUGGAGGCCCACAAGAUCUCCCUCUUCGUUGACUGUGAAGAGCCUGUUGUAUUUGAAAAGAGCCACGGUGAAGAUGUUCUUAGUCUCAGUCUCCCUAUUGAUCUUGAGAUUACAUUUGCAAGCAUGCCAGGAGACAAGAACAGCAAGUUUGCGGGUUAUUGGCAAACGGCAGAAGUAUCCACCAGUGGCUUCCUUAGACGCCCAUGGCACUGUGAAAACCUUUCAGACCCCAGGCUAGAGAAUCCCUUUGUAAGAGAUCCUAAUGUGUACCCAGAAGACCAGCCUGAUUUUGUAAACUAUCAGCAGCAACAAAGUGAUCCUGGGCCACCAGCUGCUUUGCAGAGUCACCUGCUUCAGCCAGAAAAUCAAGAAAAGCGGAUGAGGAGGUUGGAGCAAACAGUGGAGAGUCUUAGCAUGAUGCUUGAUAUGGUUAAAGCUCAGAACGCUGACCUGUUGUCUCGAGUGGCUUUCCUGGAGUCCUGUGAGUGUCGGCGCCUGACAUGUUCCUGGGAGGGACGAGAGAUCGAGGAGGGAGCCCACUGGGAGAAGGACCAGCAUGUUAGCUGUGUCUGCGUGAAGGGAGAAGUUCAGUGCACAGUAACAGAUGGGUGCAGCUAUGAUGGUAAGAAGCUCAACAAUGGCGAGCCCUUCAGUCCUGAUCAAUGUACGACCUGUGUGUGUGUGAAUGGGAAUGUUCAGUGCCAAGAGCUCAGAUGUCCUUCCCUCUCCUGUCUGAACAAGUAUGUCCCUCCCGGGGAGUGUUGUCCUGUCUGCCGUCCAGGCUGCACCUAUGAAGAAGAAGUGUAUGAAAAUGGAGAUGUGUUUAUAUCAAGAACAAACCCCUGUAUGAACUGCUCAUGUAUCAAUAGCCUGGUGAAAUGUUCCCCGGUUCAGUGUCAGCCCAUAUCCUGCCCAGAUCCUUAUCAGAGGCCUGGACAGUGCUGUCCAUCUUGCUCAGCUUGUGAUCUGGAUGGGAGACCAAACAACAAUGAGCAGUCUUUCACCACACUUGAUGGCUGUCAAAAGUGCACCUGCAAAAACAGGGAGCUGUCCUGCAUUGAUACUCAGCAUUGUCCUCAGUCCUGUACACAUGGGGUUAAACCUUCUUAUGGCCUUUGCUGCAGAGAUUGUUCUAAAUGUGAUUUCGAAGGGCAGGUCAUUCACAAUGGUGUGUCUUUUGCACCCAAUGGAGAUGCAUGCCAACACUGCGUUUGCAGGAAUGGGAAUGUGCUCUGCUCAAGAGUCUCCUGCCCAGCUCUUGACUGCACUGUUCCUGAGACUGUGCCAGGUGAAUGCUGCCCUAAAUGCAGAGGCUGCAUACAUUAUGGAAUCCAUUACGAACAUCAGUCAAAGUGGAGACUGCCAGACAACCCUUGUACAAUUUGCACAUGCGUGGGGGGAGAAGUUGUGUGUGAAAAGGAGAAGUGCACCAUCUCAUGCAGAAAUCCUCCUGAGCCCAGACCAGGUUCUUGCUGUCCUGUCUGUGAUGGCUGCAAGAUCAAUGGACAGGAGUACCUGAAUGGAGACAUUGUACCAGCUGGAGACCGUUGUGCAGAUUGCGUCUGUGUAAAUGGUGAUGCUCAUUGUAACCCUAUCCCAUGUCCUGAGACGCCAUGCAGAAAUGCUGUACAGAGGCCAGGGGAAUGUUGUCCACGCUGUGAGGAGUGUGAAUAUGAAUCUCAGACUUUUGUAGAUGGACAAGAAUUCAUUUCAACUCUUAACCCCUGCUUGAGAUGCAGGUGUUUGGCUGGUAAAGUGUCAUGUGAGCGCUUGGACUUGAAUUGCGCUCCUGUUCGAUGCAGUCAUCCAGCCAAACCUAGGGGACAAUGUUGCCCUACCUGUGACAUGUGUGAGUAUGAGAGGAGGUUGUAUCACACUGGGAAGGUUUUCACUCCUCCAGGAAGUAUCCCGUGCCUGAAGUGUACCUGCACUAGAGGGGAUGUGCGAUGCCAUCAGGAGACCUGCCCACCAGCAAAGUGUUCAAACCCAAUAAUUGACCCUCAGCAAUGCUGCCCAAUUUGCAAAGUCUGUGUGCAGGAGGGAGUGGAGUUUGAGGAGGGGACCGAAUGGGAGCCAGACGACAAUCCUUGCAGCAGCUGUACCUGUAUUAAUGGGGAUUCAUUAUGCCAGGUGUCACAAUGUCAUCCCGUCUCUUGCUCACACCCCACCAAAGUUCAAGGAGAUUGCUGUGCCACAUGUGACCAGUGUACAUACAAUCAGCGGAUAUACAACAAUGGACAAGACUUCAUUGACCCAGACAACCCUUGUCAGAACUGCAGGUGUCAGGAUGGCACAGUUCAGUGUAUACCCCUUGUUUGUCCUCCUGUGACCUGCUCUAAACCUCAGAUUAAAGCAGGGCAGUGCUGCCCAAAGUGCCCAGAUUGUGUGUUUGAGAACCGCGUGUUUGUGGAUGGGGAAGAGUUCCCCAGCCCUGUGAGCCAGUGUCAGACAUGCGUGUGCUCUGGGGGCCGAGUGAGCUGUGAGAACAGAGACUGCCCAAGGCCUUCCUGUUCCUACCCCCUGCCUGGCUCCUGCUGCCAGAGCAACUGCAAUGGUUGCAACUAUGCUGGGAAAGAAUAUCCAAAUGGAAUGGAGUUUCCUCAUCCUUUUGACCAGUGCAGAACCUGUCAUUGCAUUAAUGGCAAUGUUCAGUGUCUGUCUAAGAGGUGUCCUCCACUGCUUUGUGUCAAUCCAUUCCAUGUACCUGAAGAGUGCUGCCCCCAAUGUCCAGUCCCUCCCGCUGAGUGCCUGUAUGCUGGUCAACCCUAUAAACACACACAACGAUUCUACGAUCCCUUGGACAAGUGCCGAAUCUGUAUGUGCAGUAAUGGGACCGUCGCCUGUCACCGUAAAAACUGCGUGCCUGUCCAGUGUGCCAACCCUAUCAUGCAGGACUGUUGUCGAACAUGUGAUGGUUGUCUCUAUAAUGGGAAGGAGUUUGCUAAUGGGGAGCAGUUUGCGGAUGUGUCUGAUCCCUGUGGGAAGUGUGUUUGCCAGGAAGGUACUGUUUCCUGUGAGAAGAGGCCUUGCCCAGUCAUGGAGUGUCCAUUUCCAGUGCAAACCCGGUGCUGUCAAGCCUGUGAUGGUUGUAAUUACAUUGGGGACACAUAUCUGAAUGGACAGGAAUUCACAGAUUCCUAUAACCAGUGCAAUCACUGUGUCUGUACGAAUGGAUUUGUGACAUGCAGCCCCAAACCCUGCUAUAACCCAGGCUGCACCCAUCCCAUUACACUCCCUGGGAAAUGCUGUCCAGUUUGUGAAGGGUGUUUCUACAGUAACGUUGCUAUCAUCAACGGACAGACAUUCCAGGAUCCUGCUGAUCCUUGCUCUCAGUGUACCUGCAGGGCAGGAUCAGUUCAGUGUAUGAAGAGACUUUGUCCCCCUGCAUUCUGCUCCCAUCCAGUAAUUGGGCCAUGUGACUGCCCCAUCUGUGAAGGUUGCGUUUUCCUGGGAACAGUAUAUGCAGAUGGAGAAACCUUCAAAGGACCCAAUGGGGAUUGUGAGGACUGCACAUGUUUUAAAGGUGACGUGACUUGUGGCCCAAAGAAGUGCAGUAAGGUCACCUGCCCUCACCCUGGCAUGGACGUCUGCUCUUGCCCUCUGUGUGAAGGCUGUCAUUUUAAUGACAGAGACUGUAAGAAUGAAGAGCGAUUCAUCGAUCCCAAAAACAAGUGCCAGCGGUGUACCUGUCUGAAUGGGGGAGUCACGUGUGUGCCAGUGACUUGUCCUUCAGUUUUCUGCCGGAACCCAGUCACCCCCCCUGGAGAGUGCUGUCCGGUCUGCACUGGGAUCUGCCAUUACCUUGGUCAGUUGUAUGAGAGCGGAACCAUCUUUGACUCGCCUACUGACGUCUGCUCAAAGUGUACAUGCCUGAAUGAGGUUGUGACUUGUCAAAGAAGGCCUUGUCCCCAUCAGUGCUCUCACCCAGUGCCCUCUACUGCGUGCUGCCCAGCCUGUGAUGCCUGCUUCUUUGAGGGCAUUACAUUCAGCAACAGAGAGACUUUCUCAUCUCCAUCAAACCCUUGCCAGCGUUGUAGUUGCCUCAAAGGAAAUGUUGUGUGUACCCCCUUAGUGUGUCCCCAGAUACCAUGUCCCAAUCCUGUCACUAAACCUGGGCAGUGCUGCCCUGAAUGUCCAGUGUGCUCAUAUUUCGGGAAAGAAUAUGAAGAAGGGAGUCAUUGGCUCUCCACUGCAGAUAACUGCCAGGAGUGCAAAUGUGUUAGAGGAGAGGUGGAGUGCUCAGCGGUGGUUUGUGAUGUGCCGUGCAGUAACCCCUCCCCUGUUUUGGGACAGUGUUGUCCCAGGUGCCAGGACUGUUAUUUUGAAGGUGUAACCUACAGCGAUGGAGAAAGCUUCACCCUGAACAAUUGUAGGCAGUGCUCCUGCAGUGAAGGAAAUGUCCACUGUGCCAAUACCUUGUGCCCCAGGCUGAACUGCAUGCACCAAGUUACAGAGCCUGGAGCAUGUUGUCCUGGCUGCAGAGGGUGUGUCUACAAUGGGAGGGAGUAUGAUGAAGGCAGCACCUGGUUUGCUUCCACAACGCCCUGCAUGUCCUGCAUGUGUGUGGAUGGUGUCACAACCUGCUCUGACAUCCGCUGUGUCUCCUCGUGUGUCAAUGAGGUUCAUGUUCCUGGGGAGUGCUGUCCAGUGUGUGCCGACUGUGUGUUUGGUGACAGAGUGUACGGCCCAGGAGAUAGCUUCCAUCCUUCUGAUGACCCUUGCGAGAUUUGUACUUGUGAGGUGAUGCCAGAUGGAGAGCAACAUUUGCGCUGUUACCGUAAGCAGUGCCCCAGUCUGGUGGACUGCCCCAAGAACCUCAUCCAGUUCCCUGGUCCUGACCUCUGCUGUCCUGUUUGUGCCCAACCUCUCAGUAACUGCACAAUAGAUAUUGUAGGAAAUGAGAUCCCUGCUACAGAUGAUCCAUGUUAUACCUGUCAGUGUAAGGAUCUGACCUGGGUUUGUAUCCACCAAGGCUGUCUUCCUCUAAGCUGUCCAAUCUCAGAGCAGUUCACUCCAGAAGACUCUUGCUGCCCCAUUUGUGAUGAGUGUAUAAUUGAAGCUGAAAAUCGUCGUGUUUCUAAUGGGGAAAGCUGGACUGACAGCAUAGAUGAAUGCAUCACAUGCACCUGUAAUCUUGGUUACAUUGAGUGCAACAUUGAAGAGUGCACACCAGUGAUUUGCCAAGAUGGUUUAGUAAAGGUAAAGUCUCCAGGACAAUGCUGCUAUGAAUGUCAAGAUCCAAACAUCUCUUGCAUGUACCAGGGCAAUGUGUACCAAUCCAAUGAGCACUGGGAGGUGGAUGAGUGCACCACCUGUACCUGUGUCUCCGGGGAGGUACACUGCCAGACUGAACGCUGUCCUCAGGUGUCUUGUGCCUCGGAUGAGACCCCGGCUCUUAUUCCUGGUAUGUGCUGUCCACACUGCAUUCCUCGACCUGCUACAUGCAUUGCAUUUGGAGACCCUCACUACCGCACAUUUGAUGGAAAAAUGAUUCACUUCCAAGGUGCCUGUACCUAUGUCCUGGCUGAGGACUGUGAAGGUGGAGACUUCAGCAUUCAUGCAACUAAUGAUGACCGUGGCCGUAAGGGAGUCUCCUGGACAAAAGAAGUAACUGUACUAAUUGGGGAUGUUGUGGUUAAGCUCCUACAAGACUGGGUUGUCAUGGUAGAUUAUCAGACCGUGACUCUGCCUUUCCUAAAGGAGCCAUAUGUUUACGUAGAGCGCAAGACGAAUAUUAUUUUACUGAACACAAACAUUGGAGUAAAGGUGCUGUGGAAUGGAAAAUCCCAUCUGGAAGUGAGUGUUCCUGGGACCUACAAAGGUCAUAUGUGUGGAAUCUGUGGAAACUUCAACAAUUAUCCCCAGGAUGACAUGAGGAUACGAACUGGCCAGAUUGUGUUGUCAGAGGCCGCAUUUGGAAACAGCUGGAAGGUACAAAGUGAGAACCACACCAGUGUUCAGUGCAGAGAUGGGGAGGACAUUGACCCCUGUAAGGAGGCUGGGUACUCUGCCAGGAAGACAGCCAAUUCAAAGUGCAGUGUCCUGAAGACAGAAGUGUUUGAGCCCUGCCAUGCGGUGAUCCCACCUGAGAUGUUCUUCGCAUCCUGUGUGUACGAUCUGUGUGCCUGUGGAUCCAACGUGGAGGACUGCUUGUGUGAUGCCCUGGAGGCUUAUGCAUCAGAGUGUCGGGAGGCUGGUGUUAUCCUGCACUGGAGAUCUCCAGCUCUCUGUGCUGUGGGCUGUCCUCAGGACCGUGGGUUUAUCUUUGAUGAGUGUGGCCCUCCAUGCCCCAAGACCUGCUUCAACAAAGACGUGCCUCUUGGUGUGAUCGAAGCCCACUGCUUCAAACCCUGUGUCCCAGGCUGCCAGUGCCCAGCAGGUUUAGUGGAACAUGAAUCCCACUGCAUCCCACCAGAAGCCUGUCCUAAAAUCAUUUAUGGUAAUAUGUAAAUGACAGACUAAUUUAAAUAAGGUUUGGAAAGCCUUUUGCACUUUUAACCCAUCAUAGUAGUGGUGCUACAUGCUGGCAGACCUUGCACAGCAGAAAGCCAGUGGUCUUCAAUUUUAAGCCAAUGUUAAAAUGAAUACUUCUUAUAUCCAUUGCAAAUGUAUUAUGCCCAUAACAGCCACAUAACACAAUGCUGAGCAGCUGGCAGAUGAGUAAAUGCAGCUAUUGUUUUAGCAUUGACUGGUAAUCAUAAAACUGAGAAAAGCCUGUACCUUUGCUGUUCUGUUCAAUCUAUUCUUGGCUUUAUCCAUAUUUUCAAUGGAGGAAUGAACAGGAGCAGGCAGUCAGAGGGAAAUAUUUUUCAUCAUUUAUCAGUUUGUUUUAUUGUGUUCUGCCAGGUUCAGGUCCAUAUAAAUUCUCAAUUGCAUAAUAAAACCUUAACAGACACAAUAGUUUGAUUAAGUCUAGUAUUGUAAAUUAUGUGUUUAUUGAAGUAACUCAGAGUUCACAUACAGUAGAAAGACCAGCAGCAGAUGCAGUGGUAUUUUGGCAGGAUAUGAAUGUGUUUUGAACUCUUUCUUUCUUUUCAGUGUUCGUUUGGAUAAUACCUAACAUACAAGUUCUCAUAAUGUAAGUUCUUUGAAGGUUCAUAGUAUAUACAGUAAGACUGCAGCCUGAAACUAAUAAUGAUGAUUCAGUAUUACUUAAAUGUAAUUGAUUUUGCGAAUGUCCAGCACCUGUUUACAAUAGACCAGCCAGUCAUCUAAAAUCCUAAAUUACUUGGCCCCUAUUACUUUUGCAUCUCGAACAUCACAUUCUCACUACAUUCCACUUUUUAUCUUCUCCUACAACUUUUUUUUCCUAUUUCCCCUUGGUUCAACCAGGAGGGAAAUGGACUCUCCUUAUCCAUUUGAUCUAGUUGGAGACCAUUAAAUUAAGUGGGUAAACAAAACAUUCAUUUUUAUGCAACAUUCCCUUAAGUUUAAUUUAUGUGUUUUCAUUAAUAGCUCAGGGCUUGUUCACUUUGAAAUACGGUGGCCUAUCUACCCUAGCAGUCACUAGGGCAGUGUGAUUUCAAAGGUUUCCAAAACCAACACUCAGCUGAAUGUCUCAGUAAUUCAGUAAUACAGUAAUGUUUUAAAAUAAAUAUUAUUGCUCAAUUACACAAUUGGAUAUUCUAAGUAUUUAUUGAAAUAAUUCCCUUUUUUAAAGUGACCCAUGGUUGUAGUUUCAAUAUCUAUACUCUUUACCAAUCAGAUCAGUAAGACUACUCAUCUGUUCAUUCAUUCAGAUUAGUGGCAGGGAAUGUGACAAGAUGGUUAUUGUUAAUUACAGUACUUGCUAUUCAUAGUAAUUAACACACUCUCAAUUUAAGCAAGAUGCAGUGCUGUUACACACAGUUGUUUCAUUUAAAGGUCAAAUUGAAACACCUGUCAGUACUAGAGUGGCCUUGUAAUUAUCAAGACAGAUUGCCACCCAUCUUAAAAGUACCUAAAAUAUUAAAUAGCUUGUAUUUAAAAAAAGUUAAAUCAAACUUAGAUUUUACAGAAAUUUCUAAUAAUUGUCACAGUAUAUAAUAAUGUUGUGCUGAAACAAUGUUUAAUAAGACAUGUAGUUUCCAUAUUUUCAAAUGAUACCAAAUAUUUAUUUCAUGUUACUAAAAUCAGAUUAGGUUACCCCCACCAUGAAGAUUACAUUUACAACAACCAUUGUUUAUUUAAUUCACUGGCUUUCAAACAUGAAUGUGAUUGUGUGUGGCUACUCAACAGUUUCCGGGCAAUUCCAAUACCAUUAUAUUUUCAGACUUGAAAAUAGACGUGAAGACGUGAAUUUUAGCAUACGAGUAUAGUAUAUGGAAAAUUCUCUAUUGCAUGCUGUGUCUAAGUAAAGUGAAAGUCUACUAUUUUAACAGAGGGUACGCUAAGUUAUGCAUACAUUUUUAAUAUCAACAUAUGCAUACAUUUUUAACAUCAAAACAGGGGUUUUACUGUUGUUAAUGAGUAUUAAGGCACAGUGUCCCUGUGUGGAGGUAUUUAACCCUGGUCCUGGUUAAGCCUGUGUGCCAGCUUUUGUGUUCUAUCUGAGCUCUUGGUUGCUUAACUGAAACCUUCAAUCCAAUAAUAAUUUGAUUACUUAAAAAUAUAAAAUUCUCUAAAUUAUUUGUUCAGUUGAUUAAUUGAGAGUUCAGGUAGAACAAAAAACACUCAAAGUGGACCAGCAGUGCAUUCCAAGACCAAGAUACUUAAUACCUAAACUAAACCCUCUGGGCUAAUUUCAAAUGUAAUUCCUUAGACAGGUAAAUUAAAGACUUUUUUUGUAACCAUAAUCCUGCUUCAAACUUAAGGGUCAGAACUUUUUCUCAGGUCUUUGUAUACCAAGCACAGAGUGCUAUAUUUUAAGUUUAAAAAAAAAUAGAUUAAAAACAUAAUAUUCAUAGAAAUGUUUAAAUAGUAACAGAAAAAUAAUGAAUUGUUGUACUGAUUACAAAUUUGUUAAAUACCAUAUUUCUUAUAGGUCAUAGGGUCAGGUGGAUGAAAAAUAUUUUUGCUGCCAUAGAUAUUCAAUCAAUAUCAGGUUAAUAUCUGAAACUUUUUUUCAGAAGAGAAACAGCAUUAUGAAAUUCACUGAUAGAUUCAUAAACCUUGUGUUUGGUUUUUCUGCAUAAUAUUUUCUAAUUUAUUUUUUUUAGAAAUGUGCUUAAAUUUUAGCUAUAAAAUGAUUAAAAAAACUAAUUGCCCCUUUUUAGAAGUGAUCCAUUAAUAACAUAGCUGAUGGUUGAAGAUUCAAUAGAUCCAAUAUUUAAAGCAAUACAUACUGUACAUGUACAUACUGUAUGUUAGGAUACUUUGCAUUUAUGUGUAGAUACAGAAAAAUGUAUCCUGUUUAUUAUACUGUAUUAACAUUUUUCAUUGCCAUCUGGAUUUUAGAUUUGAAAACAGGAACAAUACCCAAAACUGUCUUUAAAUUAAAAAUUAUACCAGAAUGUGUUGGGGGAAAUAAAAGGAAUCCUUCAGUACCUUCAAUAAAUGUGAAGCAGCCGAAGAACAUGCUCUAAUGAAAGUAGUAGAUCUAUUUAUUAGUAACUCAUUAUUUUCAAAAAAUGAGAAUUGCUGUUUAAAUUGAAAUUGAGAGAUAAAUGUGUCUUCAGGGAACAAGAAAAUGAAAUUUCCUACAUUUCCUACAUAUGUACAAAUUGUGAGAACUUAAGAGAUUAGAAAAGUUAAAAAAUGACCUGUAGUAAAUAUAAAAAGUUUUUUUUAACCAAAAUUAAAGUUACUUUUAUUCUUUUUUGCAGACUAUUGGAAAUUAUUGUUAGUGUAUAAAUAGGCCUAAAUAGGCCUGGAUUGUUUCUUCUAUGUUCACUCAUGGCCUCAUUAAAUGCACAGUAAUAUUUUUAGUUAUGAAAUACAGUAUUUACACUGUGCAAUUUUAAUGCUGUACUUAACAACACUGUAAAACAUCAUCAGUUCAAUGGAUUUCUUAAGAAUGUACAGAUUUAUUGUACAAAAUUAAUGAGAUUUUGCAGUUCAAGAAGAUUUUUUACAAAUCACAAUGCAAUUCAUUCAUUGAUUAAGAUUCCUAAUUAUUUAUUUUUGUCAAUGCAAUGUCUAAGCCAACAUCAAUUUUCAAUAUUUUAUUCUUAUAAUAAAAGAGAGAAGCAAGUGUGACCACAUAGCUUAGUUUUUGUAGAAAUUACCUAGUAUCUUUAAGUAUAUUUGUAUUACCUUUUUCAUGAUCUUUUGAACCAUUUUAACUGUACUGUACAUGAACUGUGAUUCAUUUUUGUAAACAUUAUCAUCUGUGGUAAUUUCAAUUUGUGUGUAUUUAUUUUUA